UUCUCUCCCCUCCUUCGGGGGAGCGCCCGGACGAAAACGCAACGCGAGCCGACCAACGGCGACCACCUCACCUCCCCACGCCUGCCGUCCCGCACCAAAUCCCCGACCUGCCCCUGCCGCCCGCCACCUCCCUCCCAGGGGUACAGCCGUAAUUCUUCGCCGCCACCGUAUUCCGUCCGGUCUCCAAACCCCGGCUGCCUGGCUGCCUGUCGGUCGCCGCGCCUGCCUGCCUGCCUGUCAUUAUCACACACGCACAGCCAGCCUCUCUCUCCGUCCGUCCGAAAUACGGAAGGAAGGAAGUAAUCGCCGGUUGCCCGGUCAAACCCAUCCAACGGCGGGCGGCAGCACGACUCCGAUCCGGCCCGGUCCGGUCGCCACCAUGACACCUCCUCGCCGCUCACGUGCCCCACGCGUGCCCGUCUCCGCCGGCACCCCCACCUCGCCGUCUCCUUUUAUUCCCCCCUCACCGCCAGCCCCUUCCAAAUCCGCACCGGCCCCUUACCGUCACGACCGCGUCCUCCUCUCCUAGGGUUACCUUUCCCGGCGAGAUCUGACCGAUGGAAUCCAGGGAGAUGGCGUCGGCGGCGGCUGCUGCCGCGGCCGGGGCUGGCUCUUCUCGGGGCGGCGGCAGGCUCCCGCCGCCCAACCCGAACCUGCCCUACCGCGAGGACUGCUGGAGCGAGGGCGAGACGGCGGCGCUCGUCGGCGCCUGGGGCAGCCGCUACGAGGACCUCAACCGCGGCAACCUGCGCCAGAAGCAGUGGAAGGAGGUGGCCGAGGCCGUCAACACGCGCCGCGGCGCCGCCGCGCGCAGGCGCCCGCCGCGCACCGACGUGCAGUGCAAGAACCGCGUCGACACGCUCAAGAAGAAGUACAAGGCCGAGCGCGCCCGCGGCGGGCCCUCCGCCUGGAGCUUCUACGACGAGCUGCACCGCCUCGUCGGGCCCACGCUCGCCGCCUGCGCCGCCAAGGCCAGGCACCCCUCCCACCCCCCCGCCCUCCACUUCGCGCUGCCCAUCCACCCCGCCGCCUCCGCCGCGGGACGGAAGCGCCCCGCCUCGCCGUCCCCAUCCCCGUCCCCGACCUCCUCGCCCCUCCGCAUGGCGCUCCCCAUCCAGCCCGACUACCGCCGCGGCGCGCCGCUCCCCACCGCCGCCAUCAUCCAGCACGCCAGAGCCGCCGCAGCCGCCGCGUCCGGCUCCGACGCCUCCGACGAUCCCCCCCAUAACAACAACAACAACAGCCCCCACCACUCACCCUCCCGCUCCCUCUCAUCGCUCUCCGGCGGCAGCAACGGCCGCCGCCGCCGCAGCGAAACCGAUGCCGGCGCCGGCGAGCUGGCCAGGGCCAUCGAGGCGUUCGCCGAGAUGUACGAGCGCGUCGAGAGCGCCAAGCAGAGGCACUCCCUCGAGAUCGAGCGCGACCGCAUCGAUUUCAUCAAGCAGCUCGAGGUCAAGCGCAUGGAGAACUUUGUCGACGCGCACCUCAAGCUCGCCAGGGCCACCAAGCGCAGCAGGAGGACCGCCGCAGGGGCUGCGGCCAAUGGUGGUACAACCAGCGCAGCGGAGCUGGUUUCGUCCAUGACUGCGCUGCCUUUCCUCUCCAACUCCACCUACCUCUGACGUUGUUGAGCAAGGCUUCAUUUAGAUUAUCAGUUGAAGUUCGUCAGUUCAAGACAUGGAGUUGCUCUUCUUUGAAGGCUUGCUCCUGUGCACUAUCCUUGGGAAUUCUGAAGCCAAAAGCUCCUCUGCUUCGGUUCAUUGUAGUUAGACUCUGGUAGCAUAUGAAACAUCAAAGACUAGAAAUUCCUAGUGUAGAUCCAUGUUGACAUCGGUAUCUGUUCCUGCAAUUCAUGUAUUGGUUUAUUGACAUUGUAGGUAUUUAACUCUUGACAUUCUCUUUUAUUAAGAAAACUGUAAUGAAAUGAAAUCAACAGUUUUUAUUA